AGCUUUAGAAACGACUGAAACUGACAUGUUGGUGCAAAGAUUCGAAACUGUCAGGACUGUCAGUUUGUUGACAUGUCAUUUCCCGACAUACACACAUGCAUAAAGCUCACUGCUGAAAAUGAAGACCUGAAGAAGAAACUGUUUCGUGUGAAACAGCAGCGUGAUGCCUACCAAUCAGAGUUAACAUCAAUAAAGGAGAAAGCAAAAGUAGACGCCCUCCUGAAGACCUAUGUCACUACACGAGAGUCCAGUACACAGACAGACCCAAGUAGAGUUUGGCACCCGGUCGCUCCCAAGAAAAAUGAAGACACUGUUGCUAACAAGAUCACAGAAGGUGGCAAUACGAACAGGUUAAUGUCCAUGCAUAGCAAUGUGAUGAGACGAUACGAAAAAGAGGUCAAAAUGAAUUUAGGUCACCUAGAGACCAUUACGGAAUUACAGAUGAAGAUAUCUACCUUAGAGAAAAGACUACAACAGGAGAAGGAAAAUGUGCAACAAAUGGAGAAAGAGAUACACAGUUUAAGAGUUUCCAAAGCUACGGCAAAGGUGAAGGCAGGAAAUGUUGGGAAGCAUGGAAAGGAACUCUCCUCUGAUGAAGAUGAAUCUAAGGACAGACAUGUAGUGAGAGAGUGUAGAAAACUUCGCAAGGAAAACAAGAAAUUGAAGGAGGAGUUAAAAGGCCUGGACUUGGGUUUCUUUGAGGAAAUAGAAGAUAUCAAAUUUGCAUUUCAACAGGCUGCCAGGCUUAACGUGGAAUAUGAAAAGACAAUAAAGAAACUGUGUCAACAAUUUGGGGUAGCUUAUCCCCAUCCAGAACGAACAGUUAAAUGAGACAGAGGGAGAGAAUGCAUGCUUUUCUGUGAUUUGAUAGUCAAAAUUUGGUAUCUUUUUAUUCAUUGUAAUUUUAAGUGUUUUCAUGUGUUUGCUCCCUAUGCUGAUACUGAAUUUUUAACUCAUUAUUUAUUAAUUUUUUAAUGAUAUUAUGUUUUAAUUUGACAGUGAUGCACUGUGUAAAUUAAUGUGCAUUAAGGUUAAAAAAUUGUUUAAAGUCAAGGUCAUUGUUACUGUUACUAAAAAUAGACCA